CCGGAAGUGGCUGUUGUUCCAGAGCUGCUGUCAUGUGAUAGCUCGUCCGAAAAGCUGCUGUUGACAGUAGCUUCCUAGCUUCAGAUGAGGCUAAAGUAAAACCACAGAGGAGAGAAGUUUUAUGUUUGCUGUAGAAGAACAACACGGCUCGUUUCUGACGGAGAGCAAGGAAGCGGGGGUCGUGUAGUUUCGCCCCUCGGACGCUGCCAUGGGUUGCUGUUACAGCAGUGAUAACGACACUUCAAGUCAGAAUAAUGAAGAGACUAAGUCGCUGAUCACUCCACCAAACCCUGCCAGCAAACCCCUGAAUGGAAAUGACUGGGGCAAUACUAACCUCCCCCCACAACGGACAGAUGAACAGGCCCUUCUUACGUCCAUUUUGACGAAGACCGCACAGAACAUCAUCGAUGUCGCAGCGGCUGACUCUGUAAUGAUGGAACCCAAUGAAUACAUGGACCGAGCUCGGCAAUACAAUACGAAACUGGCUAUGUUGAGCACCAGUCUUCCCCAAAAGAAAACGCUCCCUCUCCCCUCCCUCACCAGCCAACCCCACCAAGUGCUUGCAAGUGACCUGGUGCCAUACUCAGAUGUUCAACAGGUGUCUAAGAUAGCAGCCUAUGCCUACAGUGCUAUCUCACAAAUCAAAGUGGACGCUAAAGAAGAUCUGGUUGUCCAGUUUGGUAUUCCCUGAUUUUGCGAAGCCCUGCAUAUUCCUCCACCCAUCCCACGCUCUCUGUGUCACUCCUGCAUCCUCAUCUCCAGCCCACCUUUUUAUUAAAGCAUUUUGGUCCUUGUGCUUCUUAGCUAUGCCUCUAACUGCUUCAAAGAUGGAGAAAAUGGAGGAUUUGACAUCCUUUGGUGUAAUGAUGGAUCAGUGACGGUUGUCAAAUGGGCAGUUGCAGAUGGUUUACUGUUGAUGAGUAUUGUCUCAUAAACAACAAAUCCCUUAUAUCUAAGGCACAGGCUUUGUCAGAACCAGCUUUAAAGAAAAUAAUUAUUAGAACAUGGAUAAAUGGUUUUCAAGACCAUCUCACUAUUUUGUUUGUACUCCUAGCCUGUAACCUAGGGCAAGUAAGGGUAGCUUUACACCUUGAUGACUAAUUGGUACAGUGCUACUGGCUGGGUUGAGUUAUUGGCUCUUUGUUUAAAUAUUUGAUAUAACUUCCACCAGAACACAAGAAAAUAAAUUCUGUGGUAUGGAAUAAUCAACACCAUCAUAGCUACAUGUUACAUGUUGGCACUGCAUAUGUCUUUCUCUCUCUGUUAUCCUGUGGUGACACACCCAAUGCUCAGUGUUUUUCGUUGGAUACAAAAACUAUGUAAAUAUUGGAACCAAAAAGGUGAAUAUGUUUUUGUUUCCCCCUCAUGAUGAAGAUUAUUAUAAUUAAUAUGUAUUCUGGUAAUCUGGUGUCACUCUCCACUAAGAAUCAUAAACCAUCACACCAACCAGGCUGUAGUGAAUUUCAUUGACAUUUCUUUGUAAUGUAUAAAAAAGAACCCCGAAUCAGGUUGGGUUGGUAAUUUGUCAUGUGAUGUGUAGACUGCUAUGGCAUCUGAGGUCAAAUCAUGAGUGACCUGUCCAUGGCAGGUGAGGAUGCAAACACAAAGCAGAGGGUGUGCUGGGUGGGCCUGCUAAUGUCACUGAGAAUCGACGGAGAUUUCAUGGGGUCAGAGUUCUCGAGUUUACAGACGGUGAUACUAGCACUAAAGAACAGGCAGGCAGACUCUUUAUAUCAAAUUCUAUAACUACACAUAUUUAACAGCAGUGCUGGCAUUCAGGGGUGAAGGGGGUUCUGUUGAGGGUGCAGGAACAGAUACUGUGUAUUCAUGCCUUUGUACAGAAUUAUGUGGUUGACUAUAAAACCAGAUGAUGGAUUGUAUGAAGUUCUUUUUGUAGAGAGUACAUUGGUCAGGAUUGGCUGAGAUCUUGUGGCAAUUCUAUUUUUUUUUUUUUUAAAUGAAAUGCAAGAACACUUUUAAAGCCUGCAUUUGUUAGCUUUUAAACCAAGCUUUUCGCUGCAGAUUGUAAUAUGAUGAGUUGUUAAUAUUAAUCAGAAACUAACCAUUGUAGCAGUGUGGGGGGAGCAUUUGCAUCUAUGUACACACACACACACAGUGCAGAUAAAAUUAUCAGACAUUUUUGUGAUUAUUUAUUUGUCUUUUUAAAUGUAUAUGUGCUCUUCGGAGGAGAGCGUGUGGCUGUAAGCGUUGGCAGGGGGCAUGGCGAGCCGCUCUUGAGCCUCUAAAGGGAUGUUCUACAAGGCUGUGAUUAUUUAAACUGCGCAACUGAUUUGAGCUUUUUUUGCAAUGGGUUAUUGCCAAUUUUUUUUUCUGUUUUGUUUGUUACUCUAUCUGUUAAUACUACCUGAAAUAUGUUUGUAAUAUCUUAGGCUAGUAACAAAAUGUUUUUUUGUUUUGUUUUUUGGUUUAAUUCAUUAAAGACUUUCAACAACA